AUGCAUGCGCUCGACGGCGCCAUUAUACACGAUAUCUGGAACGGCGCGGGUCCGCAUGACGAUAAACCGGUAGGGUUCGCCCCUGAGGACUUCAUCUCUGGAGCCGAGGUUUCCCUCCCGAAGCCUCCGAACAACUACCGCCAAUGCGUGCGCUGCAUGGAGUGCUUCGAUCCGGCGGACAAUGGGCCUCUGGCGCCCUCUACCCAGCCAUCUACCUCCCGUGCUGCGGCACAGGCAGACUCAACAUUCCAGGGCUACAUCCCCCCUACAAUCCUAUUUGUCUCCACGACCUCCGCAAGGCAUUUAUCCCACCGCACCGUUGAAUACUACCUGUCGUCUCAAGGCACACGACUCGCGUUCAUCCCAUUCGACCAAGAAAUGGAGGAGGUAUUCUGGGAGGACCCAGAAGCUUCAAUGCACCGCGCUUUCGCUGAAGCCGUCAAUGCGUCGGGGAUAGCCCCGAACUUCACGGCGGCCAGCUUCAAGGAUGAAGGGGCCAACGUCAGCGGUCCCUACCACACCGCUAACCCGCGGCCCGUGCCCGGCCUCUCUGCGAGAGCUCUCCAUCCCGCUGCCAUUCAACCUCCGGAUCAAGACCUGAAUCACGACGACGACCCAACAACUCCGCUAUUCGAACGCCUGGACGUUCUGGACGAACUGGAGCACACUCCUGAGAUAGAGAAGGAGCGGUACGAGGUCAGGAACCGGCUGAUAGUAAUGGUGGCCUGGUGUGCGGGGCCCGAUUACUGGGAGAGGUAUUGGCGUGCGCUAGGGUUUUCGCGCCCCCUGAGGCCUCGUCCUGAGGGAGUGGAAAGCUUAGGGUAUAUGGACUAUCAAGAUGAAGAGGACGUGGGGGUGUACGUCGCCCCAGUGCGGGAAACUCCAGCGCUGAGCGAGGUGAAGGUUGAGGAGGCUCAUGCCCUGGAGUUCGACUCCGUGGAGGACGAAGACUUGGUCCGAGUGGAGGCAAUACUGGAACGUGGAGCUCUACGACAGCGGAUACACGGCAUCUACUGCAUCCACGAAUCCAUGGACACCGCCGUACAACACAUACUCAAGGACAGCGAAGGGAUUAAGGACCUCCCCAUCCUCUACCGGCAAAUCGUCGACCACCUGAAGGACAUCCAGGAAAGGAGCUGGUCACCGCGACCGACCGCCCCCAUACCCAUCCCUGUCUCUCCACGAUACCCCCGUGUCAUAUACGCGCACAUAUACAAGUAG